AUGUUCCAGCCAGAUGCUGUGACUCCUUUAGAAUCUGACCCAGCGUUCUCCUUGUCAACGCCACAAGACGUCCACUCACUGGCCAGUACCCUCUCUUCGUUUCGGGCACUUCCAUUUGUCAAUCAUUCUGAAGCAUAUUGGCCAGAGAAGUUCAUCGGCUGGAGUGCCAAUUCAUCUGCUGUAACAUGUCUCAUCAACUGUUCAGCAACAUAUUCUUGGAUUACUGCCUACGCAACUCGACUUCGUACAUUUUCACCUCUUAUAAUGACACUCCACUCUUCGAUAACAAUUCGUUCGCCCUCACCGGGUACACUGCCCUUUUACCAACACACCUCUCGUACUCUCAUCGCUUUCAUAAGCUGGCACACUCUUUUUCACUGCUAUCCGCUCUGUCGUCACCUCAUGGAUGGUGGGCUCCUGAAUGGGCACUCAUUUCCACUUGUGAUCACGUGCGCGUGCAUCAUCGCCUGUUCGGUGGGAUGUGUCACGUUGCUGGGUUGGGAAAUCGGAGUGCUCGAGGCGGUCAUUCUGGUGCUCGUCGUUGGCCUCUCGUUCGACUACACGCUGCACUUCGGAGCCGCGUUGCCCAAAACCGGCUGCAAAUCCCAUCGAAUUCAACGGGCCGCACAACUUGCUGCCGUACCCGUGUCCCUGUCCGCCUCCACCUCGUUCCUCGCCGGGGCAUCCAUGCUGUUCUCUCAGACGCACGCUUUCUCCCAGGUCGGUGUCUUCCUGAUAGUGCUGACGUUGUGCAGUUGGGUUUUCGCGACGUUCUUCUUCCUGCCACUCCUGUUCUUCACCCUCCGCUCCACGAAACGAUGUGAUGAUUGCGACAGCUCGACUGUUCCCUCGUAUCCGAUGGACGAGAAAUUUCGCUCAUAA